GCUCGCCGUUUGAGGUAUGAUGUACGCGGCUCGGGGCGCUAUAUACGGCCGGCGGACGGGGCGCCGGGCGCGCCGGAGGACGGUGGGGCUCCGCCGCCGCUGCCGCCGCCGGAGUUGGAGCCGGAGCCGCCGGACGGACGGACGUGUGACUGCCGCCGCCGUGAACGUCAGCACACGUGACAGGGACGAGACGACCGCUGCAGGGAACAGCGUCACUUGGACGAGACGACCCAUCGAACAGGUCCGGAAGUAGCCCCGCAUGGGCCCCGGUUGCACCACCGGAGCGGCUGCAACCUCUGCUGGCGGAAGUGCGCGGCGCGGCGCGGCGCGCGGGCGGCGCGGGUGAUUUCUGCCGGCGCGGGGGGCGGCGCGCCGCUGCCGAUGCCGCUGGCGCAGUCGGUCACCGGAGCGGUGUCAGUGAACGGGUUCAGUCUGUCGGCGGUGAUCGGGCGGUGAACCAACCGAGUGGUGCAGUGACCGGGUGGUGCUGUGGUGCGCUGGUGCCGGUGUUGUGCCGCGGUGAUGGCGCCGAGAGUGGUGCGGACUGCUGCCGUGCUGGUGCUGACCUGCUGGGUGGCGGCGGUGGCAGAGGAGCCGCCCGACGACCCGCCGCAGGUCGCCCAGCUGGAGCUCAGGAAGGGAAUGCAGAACGUGUGUGAAUUCAAAGCAGUUGACUUCCAGGAUGAAGACGACCCACAAAUCUUCAAAUUCAAGCACAGGGGCCGGCGUGUGUUCCGGUUCCGAAAGCCGUUCCGGCGGCGCCACAGGACUCUGUACGGCUGCUGCGCCGGCUGGGCGCGCUCAUACACAGACGGCUGCGUCAUCGACUGGAACGAGUGUAGCCGCGACAACGGCGGCUGCUCACACCAGUGUCUGAACACGCCCGGCAGUUUCCUGUGUACCUGUCCGGACAACCUGCAGUUGGGCAGGGACGGGCGCCGCUGUGUGGGGGCGAGUCAGUGUUUGAACAACAACGCCGGGUGUGCCCACAUCUGUGACGACUCGUCGGGCACGGUCGAGUGCCGCUGUCACCUCGGGUAUUCGCUCGGCGCCGACGGUCGCUCGUGCCAGCGGAACCGGUGCUCACAGAACAACGGCGGCUGUCAGCACGUGUGUACGCCGAGGGACGACGGACGGCCGAGCUGCUCCUGUCACGACGGCUACCGGCUCGGCGACGACGGCACCUCCUGUGAAGACAUAGACGAGUGCGCUGAGCAGUCCCCGUGUAACCAGAGGUGCACCAACACUGCCGGUUCCUUCGUCUGUCACUGUCUGCCGGACCAUCAGCUGGCCAGCGAUGCCAGAACCUGCUUCAGCGUGUACACAGUUCUGGUGGACAAGUGUCUGCACGGCAAUGGCGGCUGUGACCACAUGUGCACGAGCACGGACGAGGGGCGCCGCUGUUCCUGUCACCCCGGGUACCGGCUGGCUGCCGACGGGCGCACCUGCCAGGACGUGGACGAGUGUAUGGGAGAGGCACACAGAUGCGAGCACCAGUGUGACAACAUCCCGGGCAGCUACCGGUGCUCGUGUAGGGUCGGCUACAUCCUGCUGGAUGGACAGCGCUGUCAGGACAUGGACGAGUGUUCUGUUCAGAAGGGCGGCUGCGAGCAGGACUGUCUUAACACAGAGGGCUCGUACCGCUGCUCGUGCCAGCCCGGCUUCCAGCUGGACGUCGACCAGCGCUCCUGUCUCAAGAUCUCGGACGCUCCUGCGGCGCAGCAUCUCACCAAUUCCGUGCAGGGGGACGGCCCGUUCCCGGCCCUGAGGACACUCGGCGCACCGCAGACUAUCGAGGACUGCAAGCCGGGCUUCAUGGGCCCGGACUGUGACCUGCCCUGUUCUGCGGGAACGUACGGCGACGGGUGUAACCAGCUGUGCACCUGCCUCAACGGCGGCACCUGCCACCACGUCACAGGCGAGUGCAGCUGUCCGGCCGGUGUCAGCGGUGAGCGCUGUGAGGACGGCUGCCCGGCCGGCUACUUCGGACCUUCGUGCAGCGAGCGCUGCCCCGUACCCUGUCCCGGAAACAGGUGUAACAAGGUGUCCGGUUACUGCGAGUGCCCACCCGGUUACUUCGGGAAGCAGUGCUACCAGAUCUGCCCUCAGGGCACGUAUGGGGUCAACUGCCAGAGCAAAUGCACGUGCCAUAAACCCAACACGUACCGCUGCAACGCUGAGACGGGCCACUGCGACUGUAAGCCGGGUUACUCUGGCCGCCGGUGCCGCUCCAAGUGUCCCCCCGGAUCGUACGGAGCCGGCUGCGCCCAGCGCUGCUCGGCCAAAUGCCCCAGCGCACAGUGUCACCACCUGACGGGGAAAUGUAUAACGGAUGGCUCACAGGCCACCGCCAGGGAAUCCAACCAGCUACCCAAUGAAAUCAAACCAGAAUCGUCCGUGCAAAAAACCCGCCGUCGCCGGUGUCGCUGCCCCGGCGGUGUCUGCAACAAGGACGGACGCUGCAUCUGUCCGCCCGGCUUCCGCGGUCGAAGGUGCCGCUCGCCGUGCCGCCGGAAUCGGUACGGGCCCAACUGCAUGUUCCGCGGCCGCUGCUGGAACGGCGCGCGCAUCGACCAUGUGACCGGCACGUGCAGCUGCGCAGCCGGCUUCUACGGCAAGCUGUGCAAGGCCAAGUGUCCGCACGGCUACCACGGCAAACACUGCGCCGAGGUGUGCUGGUGUUACAACGGCGGCAGCUGCGACCCGGUCAGCGGACAGUGCUCGUGCGCGCCCGGCUACAUGGGCCACCUCUGCCAGGACGUCUGCCCGCAGGGCACGUUCGGCCAGGGCUGCCGGCAGCGGUGUGCGCGCGCCCCGUGUGACCCGGUGAGCGGCCAAUUCGCCUGUCCGGCCGGCCGGGCGGGAGUCUCCUGUGAGAGCCCCUGCCCGGAGGGUCGGUACGGUCCCGGCUGCAGCCGCCGCUGCCGCUGCGCCGACGGCUCCUCGUGUGAUCCGGUCACUGGGAUCUGUGACUGCGCGCCCGACUGGCUGGGGAACCGCUGCCGGAGGCCCAACGAAUAUUAUUUAUUACGGAGUGCAAGUUUGAACAGCUCGCGAACAGAGCUGUGACCGCUGAACCCGUGACUGAGACGAUGUGUUACUCUCCGACCGAGCGGUCCGAGCCGUCAGCAACAUGCACUGCCUGCCGCUCCACUGCCGCGGCCCUCGCCGUCCCGUCCGAGGGUCCGGCGCGGCCGCCCGUGCUCGCAGUGUCGCGCUCGCAGCUGAGGCCCUGGGGGCCCGGGACUCUAAUGAUGUGAGCCGCUCCCCGCCGCUGGGAACUGAGCGCCAGCGCUGACGGGUAGACGAGAGAUGCGAGUCAGAGUCAGAGUCAGAGUCGGGAGAGUCAGUGUUGUGAUGAGAUUAGAGUCGGUGGGCUGUGUGAUUCUGCGAAUGGCCGAGCUCGUGAGUCCGUGGAUGGCCACUUUGUGACAGGGCAUGGCGUGCUCUGGUGAUGGCGCCGCGGAGUCAGUUUCAGGACAAGUCGAUCGGAGCAGUGGGACUGCGGAGCCGGGCCUGGCCACACCGUCGCUACUCCUACUGCUGAACCAACAAACGUCCAGUGGACCAGGGGAAGACAGUCGACUGGCGGUAGCUGCCCGCACGCCGUGUAACGCCUCAUAACUCGCCGCUAGCCAGUCGCGCGCGGCUACACUGGGACAGCGCGGGACGCGGUCUGACCUCGCACUUUGACCCGGGGUCAGAGGGGAUCUCCGGCUGGACACUGUCCGUCUGCUUCAUCCCCUAUAGCGGGGUAUCGCUAGUGUCCUCAGACCGGGGAUAGUCGCCUCGGUGUGCAGUCUGUGUUAGUCCGUGCCACUGUGGCGCAGUGUUCUGUGCUGUGAGACGUCGCGUUUGUGUCUGACCGUCCGCACCCUAUGCCAUGCGAGUCGGUCCCCUGUCUGCCUGUCUUCAUCUGCGCUAACAAUACAUACCGCCUCAAUGCA